AUGCUGCUGUGGCUGACCCUCACCCUCCUGUGGAGCUCCACCUGCUGGGCAGGGAAGACAUACGGGCCCGGAGGAGGAUGGCAUUUCAGUACCUUUAAAGACUAUGAAAAUGAAAUCACUGGGAUUCGAGUGUUUAUAGGUGCUCUCGGCAUAUUUAAGAGUAUCCAGGUGAGGUUUGGAUCCUCCUGGAGUGAAAAAUAUGGAGUCUCAGGUGCGAAGCCCCAGGAAUGCCUCCCGCUGCCAGGUUAACACAUUAUAGGAAUCUAUGGCUCCUAUAAGCUUUUCCUCCAGCACCUGGUCAUAUACACCAACUUUGAGUGCUGGAGAGGAAGCACUUCCACAUCUGGAGAGGAAGGUGGCAGGACCUUUUUUGACUCCCCGGGUAACAGUAAGGAGGUGCUCACUGGACUCUUUGGGCAUUACGGGCUCCUGGGCAUUUCCAGUAUCGGCUUUGAGUGGGAUUAUCCUCUACCGGCCUUCUGUUCCGUGCAGUUGCUUCUGUGUCUCCAACCCCUUGGGGGUCACCUAGGGCAGAACCUGCCUGAUUUCUUCCUCCUCACGGGGCGCCAGGCCACCAUCGGGUACCGCGCGGGCCUGCGGUUCAGCGCCCACCCUCCCGCCUCCCGGCGGCCACUCCCGUCCGCCAACGGCCAGCACCUGCUCCACUGCCUUUCGGGAAUCGGCUUCAAGUGGGGAUUUGGCCCCGAGAAGCCGUCCGCCUAG